AUGGCGCGGGCUGGAUUCGACGGCACCGGAAACACCGAGCUUACACUGACGAUGGAAUAUGUCUGGAGGGCCAUGGUCUGCCCAUUCGGUCUGUCGAUGUUGAUUGUGAACUUAAACAUGAAGAGGAAUAAUAUUGUCGAUUCAGACCAUUGGCUCAGGUUCAUGAUCGAGUCGGCUCCAGACGAUCCAUGUCAGAGGUGGCUACGAAUCGAUAACUUCGCUGCUGUACCUGGCGACUCCUUGAGUUCCAAGGCCGCAGCAUGGAUCAGAGACAGGCUGGACUCGUGCUCAAGGGUGUGUCACCCCAUGACAGAGACGAAAUUCUUACCGUCUCGCCUGGUCCGUGUUGACUGCGAUCCACCUCGACUGGUUGAGACCAGAAACUGGGCCCCCUCAGGUGGGCUUGAGAAAUACGCCGCCCUUAGCUACUGCUGGGGAAAGCCAGAUGAGGCAAAGAUGCAACUGAAGACCGAAAAUACAACCAUACACGUCAUGCUGGAAGGUAUACCACAGCCAAAGAUGACCAGACUUCUCAAAGAAGCCAUCCAAGCAACGAGAGCCCUCGGGAUUCCAUUUCUAUGGAUAGACGCACUAUGUAUAGUUCAAGGCGACACGGGAGAUUGGGAAAGGGAGUCCAAGAUGAUGGGCAAGAUUUACAACGAGGCAUACUGCACUCUGUGCGCCAUCUCGUCCAAAUCGUGCCUUGAAGGGUUCCUGCAGCUACGACCGGCUCUGCUGAGCAUUCCUUUCAGCUCUAAGCUGGACCCGAGUAUCACUGGGGAGUACAGCCUUCGUUUCAGGGGCAUCGUGUCCAGCCAGGCGAGAUCUCUCGAGAGCAUCAGAUACAGCGCGGUCUAUGAGGACUUUACCGCCAGCAGUUGGGCCCAGCGCGGCUGGACUUACCAGGAGUACGCACUGUCAAAGAGAUUGGUUGUGUUCAGUCACAACGCUGUCCACUUCAUCUGCCCGAGCGGAUCCCAGACACUUGGACACAUAGCUGACGAGGAAGACGACGGCGUUGACUUUUUCCAAGUGGAUCACUUGGAAGCCGGCAUGACGCCGGAUGAGGCCUACAACGAGUGGUGUAACGUCGCAGCGGACUUUUCCCGCAGGCUCCUCACCUACCCUGGGGACCGCUUCCCAGCAAUCUCGGGUCUGGCUGGAUAUUUUGGCGACAUUCUUGGAGAUGAAUACCUUGCGGGCCUGUGGCAAAAAGACCUUUGGCGAGGGCUAUACUGGGGCGUCGGCGUGAACUUCGCUGCCAGCUGGGUCGCGUUGCUAGAGCAGCUCUCGAGGCCGAACGUGUAUAGAGCACCGUCAUGGAGCUGGGCCAGCCGCGACCGCAUGGCAAGUUUCGGUGAGGCCUGUCAUGACCGCGGCGUCUUUCCGUAUGGAUCUUCAGAUUAUGUCGAGGACUUCCGCUGUGAAUGCAAGAGUAUUGAGGGCAGGGCUGCAUGCGGUGGGCCGGAGCGCUACCUCACGGGUGAGGUUGAGGGCGGCUCUUUGCUGGUCACGACGAGGACGUGUCCUCUGCCUGGCCCUGUUGAGAUCUCUGACGAUCUGAUAGAUACGUGGAUUGGAGCCAGUAGAACGCCGCUGGUAAAUUGUGCUGUGGACUGGCUCGCGACUCAUGAUCCGUCCGAGCAGUGGAAGUACAUGUCACUAGUUUUGCUGGGCAGUGCCCAGGGACUUGGGGAGUGUUGA